AUGACUCGCUACGACCAAGACGCUCACGCCGUCUUCGUUGAGCAAGUUAGCGGUGAGCUUCGCGAUCGCCCCCUGCGAGCGACCAUCGAUAGCAAGAUUAGACACCUUUUCAAGUGCUUUGACGACGAGAAUUGGGAUGGUAUGAGAGCGCACUUGAGCCCCAGUGUGAUACUCAUCGACCAACUCGACGGCCCGGAAGAUAUCUACACACAUACCGAAGAUAUCAUGUCCUGGUUCGAGGAGUUCUGGCACCCUAACCAGCACACGGCCCAUCAGCUUCUUCUCGUCGAUCGAGGUCGGGUUACUUGCUACGUCACUCACUUCUGGAUGAAUGAUGAGUGCUUUGUCUUCAUUGCGGAGCAGGAGGUCUACAUCAUCGAUCUAGAUGAUAGACAUCAAGUUCGACGCUUUGAGCGACGACGCCAAGAGCGUCACAACUUGGAUUUCCAUUGA